GCUUGAGAGGUUUUAUUUGGUUUAAACGACCAAUCGGGUAAAUAGUGUUUUCAACACUGGGGAAUUCCCUAUCGAAACCGUGCGCUUUUACUGGGAUAAAUUAAUUUACGUCCUAGAAAUAAGUGAAUAUUGAAAGUUUAAUUGCAUCCAAAUCAGAUCAGAAAUGGGGAAUCGGCAUUCGUCUUACAAGAAGAAAGGUACCAUUUCCAGAAAGCAUCCAGCACCACAAGAAACACUACAUACCGUGGAUGGUUUGGGUCCGGAACUAUCGCAGGAAGUUGACAAUAAUGGACUUUGCAAGGAACCGACAGAUAAUAUUUUGGUCACUGACAUAAAACAGUGUCCUCCUACACCGUGCCCAGCAUUUUACAAAAAGAACGACGAUGACCAGCCGUUGGAAAUGCAGAGUGUUCUCACAAACAGUGGUUAUAUUACAACUCAAUGGCUCGUUGGGACAGAACAAGAGUCUUGUUAUACGCACGAACCUGCUGCUAUGGAUAAAGACGAUGCCGCAAAUGUUCCCGCAACAGAAUCGGAAAAUGGUGACGUUGCAGUGGAUACUGGUGCAAGUCAGUGCCAUGAAGUAGACCACAAUGAGAACCAAAUUUCUGUUCCGUUCGAAGACGACGGUGUAUAUGCUAGCAUUCCUCCAUCUCGCAACACAAACGAUGUAGGGUCUUACAGAACAAAUUCUACCGAAGGAAGUUUUGCACUUAGCAUCGAAAACCCAGAAUAUUUUACCAGAGGUUGUUGUCAAAGGAGUAGCCAGCUUACAAACUGGUCCAUUGCGGAUUCAGCGUACACAGCUUCAUCAAAUAACAGUGAUCAUAAUGGUUCCGGAGAUUAUUUCUGCUUCAACUGCAUGGCAUGCAGAGCAGAGAAUAUGGAGUACAUGAUUGACGUUUAUAAAAGAACUUUGCAACGUGACCUUCGUGUUGAGGAUAUAUUGCCAGAUCUUCACUGUAUUGAUGACCUAAGGAAAGAAGAAAUCGGAAAAAAGUCCAGGGAAUCGCGACGAGGGGCUGUGGACAUGUUAAUUGAAUCCAUAAAAUCUUCAAAUGAACAAGGAAAAUGGCAGAAUCUUAUAGAAGCUCUGGAAAGAUCAGAUUACAAUUUCAUUGUGAAACUUCUCAAGGGGGAAACAGAAAACGAUCAAGAAAAAAAUAAACAAAUACUGUCUUUGAUGUCGCAGCAACUGAUAAACAACAUCCAUCUUGAUGAUAGUUUAGAUAAGUUAUAUGCAGCUGAAUUGCUUAAUGACAAGGACAAGGAGGACAUUGAAUCUGAACAGAAGAACCACGGGCCUAUAGCUGCUGCUUGCAAAAUGUUUAACAUUGUUCCAACAAGGUCACACGAUUGGGAUAAACGAUUAUCAGGGAUAUUGGACGAAUGUGGGCUCAGUGACGUUGCGAAGCUGCUACAGUUUUCCCAGGAACCUUCAACGUCACUUAAAAGCGAUGAAACUGAUCCUAAGAAAGGCAAGUGUAGUCAUUCAAAACACCACUACGAAAAAAUAUACAGCAGCAGAAACAGACAUGUAGUCAUGCACCAUAAUAAUGAGUCUCAUGGCAAGACAAAUGAUGCAGGCUUAUCAACUGAAACGGGCAAAAUAAUUAUUGACCUUAGAAAAAACGUACAGAAUAUCGAAGAACAAACUGAAAGGCAUAUAUCUGCAGUUAAAGAACUAAAAGCUAUUCAGCAAAAAGAUAUUCAAGAACUGAAGCACGCAGCUGGUGAAACCAGAGAGAAGAUGCAAUCACUAAAUGAGCAGGAAAUUGCAUUUCAUAGUGAAAUCAAAACAGAACUAACAGCGCAGAAUAAACGUAUUGCAGACAUGGAACUGCAACAACAAAAACUAUUUGAUGAAUUGAAAAAUUCACUAUUAGAUAUCAGAUGCGCAAUAGUAGAUUUGACAAAGUUGGUCGAUCCUUCCCCACCGGAAGCAUGUAAGCAAUCUGAACGAAACAUGACAAUUGACAGUGGAUUUUCCGGAGGGUCGGGUUCAUUUCCAGAGGAGGAUCCGGAAAGUCAAAUAUAUUCUGAAUUUGGUUCACUCUAUAGAAUUCCAGAGGAAUACAAUACAUAUUUUUAGACUGUACAUAAUUAUGUUGCAAACAAUGAUCAUUUGGAUAAAAUACUUUGGAACUUUUUUUGCAGAAUGUGCUUAUCCACACCAUGCUAUUCAUUGUAAAUCUACAUAUAAUUUGUCGUUCUGUUGUGAACACAUUGACGUGAUGCUUACGGCGCAACUAAAUUCAUAACCCGCGUUCACAACAGCAAUUUUUUAACUAUGGCUUCAUGUUUUAAAUUAAUUUCACUAACAAUUGGCAGACUAACUUUAUUGUACUUAUAGAUACCUGUUACAUAAUUUAAAACUGUUUGUUUGGUACAACUGAAAAUGUUCUGUUCUGCUGACGUCGCAAUGCACACAUAUAGAUUGUCUUUUCCAUAUCAUUUUACCAGCUGAUGAAAGUAUUAACCGGAUAACCGUGUCUUAUAUUUCGAUCUUCUCAGAUCGUUCAGCACGGCUUUUAUGUCGUAUUGUUGGUACUCUUUAGUUUUUCUGCUUGAACAUUUCGGUCUGGGUGGUUCCAAUAUUCCCGCUUUGGGUUUGUCUAAUCACCCCUUGGAUAUCGUGCCAGCUUUUUAGUUUUGUCUUUCGGCAGUUCCUGUGAUAUGCGGGCUCCAUAACCUCAGAUCCCCUUUCUUAAUUCAAGUUUGUUUAGUUCUCCCCAUUGUUUUCUCAUUUAAGGCUUUUUUUUAACUGGGGACCAUGGAAUUACACGCUAGUGUAUCAUUGAAGGUUCCAUGUGAACCGCCAUAUGAACACAUCUGCGGAUGUAGGCAGGCUCUGUCGCCCCGUUACGAUUUAAAAGCAAAUUAAUUUCACAUUUACUUUCGUAUUGAUAAAUUACCUUCUUAAGUCUAUUAUUGAUUAUAAAUGAAAAUAAAACCAAAUAUUCAAUGAAAUCUAGGCGGUGUUUCUGUACAAAACACUGAAAUUGUUACACAACCAAAAAGCGAGAACUGUUUGCUUGAAUACUUUAUUGCUGGUUAAUGUAUACAGCGUGUUGAUCUGAACGUAAAAGGCUGAAAUUAACAAAGAAAGUACACUUAGUAAAAAUAUACAUGUUUUAUGUUCCUUAACAUAUACCCAGAUUAAAUAAAAAUGCAUGAAUAAACAGUAGAAAAAAGA